UCAUUCAGAUAUUUUGUGUGCCAGAAGCACUUGAAACCCCUUUUGAAUCCCCACCUCUUUUGCGUGCACACCCCUAUAUGGCCGUGAUUGGCCAGAAGCAAAUUGCCGACGUCCCUCAAGAAGGAAGACUGGUUCCGAAUCUGUGUCUCCACGCCGAACACCUGGAAGCCGGGGCAAAAAAACGGUCCACGGGCAGGCUGCAUCUAUCGAUCUACCCGGCUUCCUCCGUUGGUUUUUCUUUCCUCUUUAAUUGGAGAUAGCGCGAGGACAGGAAGGCAGCGCGCGCUUUGGCUUCGGACGCGGGAGCGGCGCGCCGGCGGCGUUUAUCAUGAGUUGCCCGGACGUCAUGCGCCCGCUUUACGGCCAUUUCGCCCCUCACGCGCCUGGAACCUCUGCGUUCGUUGGCAGUUUUCCGACUUGUGUCAGCAGUCCAUCGUCUCGGCACAGGAACCUAAUGGACGCCUCUGGAUCAGAGGAGGUCCCAGUUUUAGGAGGGAACCCAGUGCCAGGGAGCCUGUCCUCAUCCACGUAUUCUUCAGGUGGGCAGAAGGAGAAGCAGGUGGGGGAAGCUGAGUACCUGAGCUCUCGAUGCGUCCUUUUUACCUACUACCAAGGGGACAUCAGCAGUGUGGUGGACGAGCACUUCUCCAGAGCUCUCAGCUCCUGCACAGGGAUGGAUGGAAAGAGGAGAGCCAGUCAGGCCAGCACAGAACCAACGUCUCCAAACAGUCGUAGAAAUUUCCCUCCAUCCUUCUGGGACAGUAAUUACCCGUCACCUCCCAGUCGACCUCAUUGCGACCCAACAGGGACCCCAGCCUACUCCGUGGACCCUUACACUCAAGCUCUACAUGCAGGUUUACCUCAUGCCCAUCCUCAUGCACACCCCUCUGACUCCUGGGGCUACACCCAAAGUCAGGUGUAUGGACCCCCACGGUCCCUCCAUGAACUCUACUCUACACCGGGGCUGGAGGCACACUAUAGUCCCCUGCUCAUGCCUACUGUCAGGCCACCCCACCUGCCCCCCACCCUGCCUGGCCAUUAUGAUGUAGCAAAAUUGGAACCUACACCUACGUGGCCUGGACUGCUCCCACCAGGAGACAUGGCACUCGCUCUAAACAUGGACCCAGGGCUGCAGCCGCAUAAGAAAGGAAAGGAGCUCUACUGGUUUUAACGACCAUCUUGAUCAUCAACUCGUCCAAUUAAAGCUCUGGAGAGCUGGAGACCGACCCAUUGUAACCGAGCUCCUCUCUAUCAGACCCCUUCG